AUGGGUAGAAUAUACUCGUUCGUUUUGGUGACCCUUGCUCUAGUGUUCAAUUCCAUGGAAGCGAGCUAUGCUCAAGGCAAUGGCAAUGGCAACAGGAAGAAGGCACCCUAUGAUGCUGCUUCAACACAUUACGAUGUUCUGAAACCAAGCAAGAAAGGACAGGAAAGAGUUUUCUGCCAAGCAAGAGGGGCAUGUAAUGGCAAGACACUCACAUGUCCGGCUCAAUGCCCUGAGAGGAAGCCCAAGAAGAACAAAAAGAAUAAAGGAUGCUUCUUUGAUUGCAGUAGCAAGUGUGAAGUCACCUGCAAAUGGAGAAGACCAAACUGUGAUGGAUAUGGCUCUCUGUGUUAUGAUCCAAGGUUUGUUGGUGGUGAUGGCGUAAUGUUCUACUUCCAUGGAGCCAAGGGAGGAAAUUUUGCCAUUGUAUCAGAUGAUAACCUCCAAAUCAAUGCACACUUCAUCGGAACACGACCUGAAGGAAGGACUCGGGACUACACAUGGGUGCAAGCCCUGGCUGUCAUGUUCGACACUCACACUCUCGUCCUCGCAGCAAAGAGAGUCUCUCAAUGGGAUGACAGCUUUGAUUCUCUCACUGUGAGAUGGGACGGCGAAGCAGUUAGCAUCCCCACUGAUGGAGAGGCUGAAUGGAGGACUAAUUCUGAAGAAAGGGAAGUGGUCGUAGAAAGAACUGAUGAUACCAAUAGUGUUAAAGUGACAGUUGCAGGGCUGGUGGAAUUGAACGUAAAGGUUAGAGCUAUUGGAGAACGGGAAAAUAAGGUUCACAACUACCAGUUGCCAGCUGAUGAUGCUUUUGCCCAUUUGGAGACACAGUUCAAAUUUACCAAUGUAAGCGAUCGCGUGGAAGGAGUGCUAGGCCAGACUUACAGGGCAGACUAUGUUAGCCCUGUCAAGAGAGGUGUUCCAAUGCCGAUGAUGGGUGGGGAGGACAAAUACCAAACGCCAUCCCUCUUUUCUCCUCUCUGCAAACUUUGCAGGUUCAAAGGACAAGCCGGCUUUGCUUCCAUCUAA